CUCCAUCCUCUCCCCGGAGUUUCACUCUCUCCGGCCACUUUCAGGCGACUCUCUGUCGUCAGUUGCACCUCACAUUUAAACCCUCCGACGACUGAAGCUUGCUCUCAGUUUCAGUUAGUUUUCACUCGAAACUGCGGUUUAUGGUAAACUCAUACCGUACUUAAAGCCCAAGGAGCUGCAGCUGCUUCCGGUGGCCAAGCGGCGACUAGACUCUGAUUUCUGCAAGGAUUGAAGCUCCUUGAUGCUGUAGGGAGAAGAAGAGGUUGUGCGGUGUAAUGCGGAGCGCGAGUUCCUGUGAGGAGAAAUAGGGGAAGGAAAAAUGAUGGAACACAAGAGAAGCCCUGUCUCAGUUGAUCAAGGCAGUCUUACUUCUCUUGCACCAAAACGAAAUAAGGCCGAUUUUUCCAUCUCCUCCAAGGAGGGGAAAGAGAAGCUUGGUGAAAAAAUUGCAGCUCUUCAACAGCUUGUUUCACCAUUUGGAAAGACGGAUACAGCUUCAGUCCUCUUGGAGGCAAUGGAAUAUAUUCAGUUUCUGCAUGAACAAGUUAAGGUAUUGAGUGCUCCAUACCUCCAGAGUACCCCCGCUGCUAGAAUGCAGGAACUGGAGCCAUACAGCCUGAGAAGCAAAGGCUUGUGCCUUGUGCCAAUUUCUUGCACCUCCGGAGUUCCCAGCAGCAAUGGCGCAGACAUCUGGGCGCCCAUCAAGACCAGUUCCCCCAAAUUCUAGAAGGCCGGCAGCCUUACAUGGAUCGAUGAUGUAGAAUCCAUGGUUAGAGCAACAAAACAUCUCCGGGUAUGGUGGAGUACUGGACAGCUCCCGACUCCUCGAAAAGCAUGAUCUUAUUUACCAUUCAUGCGCCAGGGUUUCUGAACAGUCAUGCAGCUGCUAACCUCUGCCCAUUGUAGGUAGGCAAAAAUAAAGUAACCGAAGAUUAGUGAUGAGCUCUGGUCACAUGGUAUUGGUUUGAAGAUGGUAUAGUAUGUAUGCAAGUGUAGAAUGAGUUAUUGUGAUUGCAAAAUGUAUAUGAUGGACCAGUACAAGUAGUAGUAAUAGUAGUAGUUGAAUGAUGUUAUAAUUAGUAGAGGUUAUGAGUAGUAGUCGUAGUAGUAGUAGUAGUAGUAGUAGUAGAAGAAGAAGAAGAAGAAGAAGAAGAAGCAUUGUCACAGUUCUUUUGCUGUCUCGGCUGCCAUUUUAUGGAUCUUUUGUUGCUAUGUUUCAGGUCU